UUAUACAUCAACAACGUGGGAUAUGUCAGUGCUUGGUGGUGUUUGGUGUCAGUUCAAGCAGUCUUACGUCGGCCUUGAACAGAGGCAGGCAAGCAACCAGUGCUCUCCCCUCGGAUCUACAAUACAAAACUUCCAGAUGAAGAGGUGGGGCAAGGGAGAGUACUGGGGCGUUGGCUCCGACUACGACCCCGACUGGCUGCUGACGGAGAGCCAGAAGAAGCUGCGCGACGACCUCAUCGAGCUGUGCAGGACCAAGAUCAGACCACGUGCUGCCGACUACGACAAGAACUACACCUUCCCCCGAGAGUCCCUGAAUGCCCUGGCGGAGAUGAAUCUGCUGGCUCUCAAUGUGCCAAAAGAACUGGGCGGUCUUGGGGAGAGCCACGUGGGCGUCUCCAUGGUGUUCGAAACCCUCGCCCGCUACGGCUGCCCCUCCUCCGCUAUGGUUUACAACAUGCACGUAGCCGCCGUGUCCAUCCUGGUCUCUGACUGCCACGACAACCCCUACAUCCAGGACCUGCUACGGCGCGUCAACAAGGAGAAGUUGGUCGGAACGGUCGCCUACUCCGAUCCCGGCACAGGAAGUCAUUUCUGGUUUCCGCUGUCGUCGAAGUGCAAGUACGUGGAUGAGAACACAAUCCAGCUCUUCAAGUACUGCUCGUGGGCGACCAGCUGCGGCCACGCGGACUGGUACACCAUCCAGACCAUCAGCCCGGAUUUCGAUGGCGACUACUCCAGGCUGACUAACUUCCUCGUGUACAAGGACGAAAUUCGCACCAAUACCGACGACUGGAAAGCCCUGGGAAUGCACGGCAACAUGUCGGGUCCGAUCGUCAUCGAGGGAAAGUUCCCAAAGCAGAGGAUCAUUGGGACUCCCGGUGAAGCGAAAGAGAGCAACGAUGAGUGUGCUCCCUUGUCCUUCCUGACAAAUUCUGCAAUAUGGAACGGCAUCGCCCUCGCCUGCAUCGACGUGGCCAAGAAGCACGUGACCCGCAAGGCGCACGCCGACGUGGGGAUGCGGGUGUGCGACUACCCGACCAUCCAGGACUACUUUGGAGAAUGUAUGUGUGACACGAAUGCGUCACGGGGUCUGACAUACCUGGGGGCUCAGGCACUCGAUGAGAACGCCGUCAGCAGCAGUACCUGCGAGUCAAAGAACAAACAUCGAUUCGGCAGGGGCAAGUCUGCACACUGGCUCUUCCAGGCGAAGCUCAUAUCAGCGAAGAAUGUGUGGAAAGUUAGCGACAAGAUGCUUCAGGCUUGUGGCGGAUCGGGCUAUAAGACAGAUUUAGGCUUGGAGAGGCUUUUCCGAGACGGCAAAGCUGGAUGGGUGAUGGCUAUCUCUAACGAGGUCGUGAGACAGUUUGUGGGGAAAACGCUACUCGAAAAUCUUGAGGCUGUUGAUUUUUGGGAACAGAAGGCCAACGAGCGAGUCCUCCACCACGAAGUCCAGAAAAUGAGGAUCGACGAGCGAAAGAAACUCGCCCACGAGCUCCUGGAGGACGCGAGGGCGGAGGAGGAGGGCAAAGAAGCCAGGCAUCCCUUCCAAGACUCCGAUUUCGACAACCCUUUUAACACGUGUCCCCCGGCGGCCCUGCAUAAGGUACUGAAGACCGAAGACGGCGUGACGCAUGAACCAGCCCUGAAGCCAGAUACUUGGGUACUACUCACCCUGAAGUCACGUACCCAACUCAACGACAAGAUGGCCGCGUUCGAGUUCUCUCUUCCGAAGCCCACGGACCACACUGGUUGCUUCCCAGGCCAGUACGUGAGGGUUCGCGUGACCUUCAGAGGCAAGGAGCAGGAGCGCUACUUCUCGCCCGUGUCGCGUCCGGACGACUUCGGGCGCAUCGAACUCGUGCUCAGGUUCGAGACCCACGGACAGAUGUCUCAGCACUUUCAGGCUCUCAGGCCAGGAGACCAGGUGGAGUUCCAGGGCCCUUGCGGAGGCUUCGAGUACGAGGCGAACCAGCUGGACGAGGUGACGCUCCUGGCCUCGGGCGGAGGCAUCACCCCCGGCAUGCAGCUCAUCCGCGCCGUCAUGCACAACCCCGACGACAAGACCAGGAUCAAGCUCCUCUACUUCUCAGAGAACUACGACGAGAUCCUCUACCGGGAGGAACUUGAUGGAUAUGCAGCCAAGGACUCUCGGCUGCAGAUGGUGCACACGCUGGGGGAGUCGCCCGAAGACUGGGAGGGCGAGGAAGGCUUCAUCGACACGCACAUGAUCGACAAGCACGUGACCAAACCCGACGGCAUGAGGCAGAAGAUCAUCAUGUGUGGAGGCCCCACCAUGGUGCUGUCCUGCAUGUACUCGCUGCGUUCCCUCGGCUUCCCCUCCGACGCCAUCUUCAUCUACGGCCAGUUCGGCACCGAGCAGGUCAGGAAGGUCUACGGAAGGAACGUCCAGCUCUCCGGUCACCGCUGCGACGGUGUCCUUUGAGAAGAUCGUCCUACAAUACUGGCGUUUGAAGGGGAGAGAGAGAGAGAGAAAGAGAGGAAAGAGAGAGAGGGAGAGUGAGAGAGAAAA